GUUCCUUUGUUUCAGAGUUAAGUGAAGUAAGCAUUUAGAUUUUUAUCAUGGAACUUUAGCACUAAAAUUGCUCAAAAAGAUUACCUUUAUUUCUCUAUUGUCUCCCAUCUUUCCUAUUUCUUGCUGGCUGGAGUGGAGACCUGGUAUUAAGCCAUCUUGGACUAUAUAAGUAUCAGCUAAGAAUCAUACACAACAUGCUGGAAGGAGCCUGGAUCCCUGAGGGCUUCAUGGAGCAGAGCCUCCACCUUCUACUUUUAACGGGAGAGAACUAAACUUUAUCUGGAUUAAGCCAUUAUUAUUUUGGGUUUCUGUCGCAGAGAGCCAAACCUGAUUUCUAAAUAAUAUGGCCUAAAGCACCAAAGGGAAAAAGUGCAGGACGGGAAAAAAAAGUCAUCCAUCCAUAUAGUAGAAAAGCAGCUCAAAUUACAAGAGAGGCCCACAAACAAGAAAAGAGGGAAAAAUUUUUAAAGCUUGCUUUGGAAAUUUUCUAACAUGGAUAUGCCUUUUCUUCCAAGAUUAAAGAAUGACAAGGCCUUGCGUCUCAACCUUAUUGGUGAAAAACUUCAGUGGUUUCAAAAUCAUCUUGAUCCCCAAAAAGUGAGAUAUUCAAAGAAAGAUGCUUGUGCAUUAAUUGAAAGGUAUUUAAAUCGAUUCAGCAGUGAGCUGGAGCAGAUCGAGUUACAUAACAGCAUCAAAGACAGGCAGGGGAGGCGGCACUGUUCCCGGGAGACAGUCAUCAAGCAGACGAUGGAGCGGGAGCGGCAGCAGUAUGAAGGUUAUGGCCUCGAAAUUCCAGACAUUUUGAAUGCGAGUAAUCUGAAAACUUUUAGGGAAUGGAAUUUUGAUCUGAAGAAAUUACCAAACAUUAAAAUGAGAAAAAUUUGUGCAAAUGAUGCAGUUCCCAAGAAGUGCAAGAAGAAAACUAUUAUAACUGUAGACGAAGACUUUGGGGAUUUGGAACUAAAAGAUGAAUCAAGUGACUCAGAUGAGGAAAUGACUGCAGUGGACUAAUUGUCUUUACUUGAAUUGAAAAUAAAUAAUUUGAGACCUUCAA